CGAAUUGAAUAAUUAAUACCACCAUUGAAAUUUGAAAGUGGUCUCAUUAUUAUACCUUUUUCUGCAGCUUUUCUCCAAAAAACCUCUCCAAGAAGGAGAAAUUUCGCCUCCCGGACGCGUUUGGUCAAAUAUUUUUAACGUCGGCAAAUUCUUCGAGCUUCUUUUGGGGGAUCUGGUCAGAAUCGGAGACCCAUAGGAGGCAUUUUCACUCCGCCUACUUUUGAUUUCCCGUUGGGGGUUGGCAAUUGCAUUAUCCGAUUCUUUCUUGGGGGGUUUCAUCUGGUUCUUUUUCCCGAUUACAAAUUCUGGGAUUUCAUUGAUUCGUUGAUUUGUCAUCACAUCGAGCUCAAUAUUCACGAUUUUGGUCAGAAUUUCUUGCUGGGUCUGCUGAGAGAUUCUUGUCUAGUUGUUUGAGGUUCUGGUCCUGGGGAUUUCGAGGAAUCGUGGUUCUGAAAGUUGGGUUCCUAUUGGCGGUAAAUUUCAAGCUUGGUUUUCGAGGUUGGAAUCAUUUGGAUGGUUUCUUUUUACUUGGGUUUGGGGGAAAGAUGGAACCGUGAGGAUAUUAUGCAUUUAUAAUGACAUUUCGACAACUUAUGGGUGUGGCAAAAAGGGGAUGUUUGGUUGUUCUGGUGAUUUUCAUCUGUGCUUCCUUUGCAACUUGCUCGAAGGACCACGAGGAAGUGGAAAUGUUUCUGAUUCAACUAGCUGACCCAAUUACUGGGGAUGUCAACACAGAGAUGGCCGAGCUGUUAUGGGUUAAAUGCAACCUGGAUUUGAUUCCGUUGAAGGAAGCUGUAGAUGGUAUUGACUUAUGUUCUGAAGAAAGACCCGGUAACACAAAUGGAAUUAACCUUGAAUGUCAGAUGCUGACAAAAGAAAAAACGAAUAGAAUGUUAAAUGCCAUGCACCCCCAGGUGAAACAGUCUCUUUUAGAUUGUUUAAGAAAGAAUUUUCACGUCUCUGGGGAAGACUACAGUUCUGAAGCUUGGUACACCAGAUAUUUGGAGUCUUUGCUUUUAAUGCCUGGUAAUCUUAGAAGGAAGUUAAGUUCUAGAUGGUUUCGAAGCGCUAAAGAAGAACCUGCUCCAGCACCUGAAUCUUCAGAAAUUCAUCAAACUAAAAAACCAUCAGAUUCUAUAGAUUCAAGUUUACAACCUUCAGAAGAUGAAAAGCCUUCAAGAAAAGCUUCUAGCACAAGUGGGAAAAAAAAAAAGAAAUCUAAUAACAAUCAAACAGUUGUCAUUGCUGUUGCUGUAACGGCAACAGUGACUUUUAUUAUUGUAGCUCUGCUCUUUCUAUGCUUUCAUAAGAGUGGCUCCAGAGGGAGGCAAAAUGAUGAACAUCAUGAAAGGCCUCUCCUAAGCUUGAGCUUAAGUUCUUCGCCCAAGUAUUCUUCCUUUGGGAAUUCUCUUAAGGAAGACAAGCUCAUGAAUCAAUCAUCUAACUUGAGUCACCACUCGAGAGCUCCAUCUUUGGAUGGUAGCUUGCACAUUGUCUCUGAUGAUGCACGUACUUCGGUACAUGGACCUCCAUCUUUUGGAGCUGCUGGAAUUGCCAAUAAAUCAUCUUUUGGAUCAUCAUAUAUGGCUGAUGGUACUAAUGGCUUGUUACCACCUCCUCCUGGAGCAGUGCCGGUCACCUCAAAUAUUAUGCCUCCUCUGAAGCCUCCUCCCGGCAGGGCUGUUCCCCUCCCUCCUGAACCACCUUCAUCUUUUAAGGCUCCAUCCAGCAUGGCUGGUCCUCCUCCACCGCCACCUCCUGCACCACCACCAUCUUCCAGGCCUCCUGGAAAUGCAGUUUGUCCUCCUGGAGUUCCUCCACCUCCACCACCUGCACCAGGCAACAAAGCAGGCCCUCGGCCACCACCACCACCUCUCAGAAGUGGUGCUGCUGCCCCUCGGCCCCCUCCAUUAGCACCGAAAGGUGCAAAUCCACCUCGAGCUCCAAAAUUUGGAGAGGAUGGAAGUAUGGAUGACGGUGCUAACAAAGCCAAAUUGAAGCCAUUUUUCUGGGACAAAGUUCUUGCAAACCCCGAUAAUACCAUGGUCUGGCAUCAGUUAAAAGCAGGGUCUUUCCAAUUCAACGAGGAGAUGAUAGAAACUCUUUUUGGAUAUACACCUGUUGUUGAUAAAAACAAAAGUGAGGGCAAGAAAGAGUCAUCAUCACAAGAUCCUGCACACCAGUAUAUUCAAAUCAUUGAUUCAAAGAAAGCACAAAAUCUAUCCAUUCUUUUGCGUGCGUUAAAUGUGACAAGAGAAGAAGUUUGUGAUGCACUUCAUGAAGGAACUGAACUUCCUUCUGAACUUCUUGAGAACUUACUGAGGAUGGCACCAACACCAGAAGAAGAACUGAAGCUUAGACUGUUUAGUGGGGAACCUUCUCAACUCGGAACCGCUGAGCGAUUUCUUAAAUGUUUGGUUGAUAUCCCAUUUGCUUUCAAAAGGUUGGAAACGCUGCUUUUCAUGGGUACUCUUCAGGAGGACAUCACCAUCACUAAAGAGUCCUUUGUCAACUUGGAGGUUGCUUGUCGGGAACUUCGGAGCAGCAGGCUGUUCCUCAAACUUCUAGAAGCUGUUCUUAAGACUGGCAAUCGGAUGAAUGUUGGAACUUUUCGAGGUGGUGCACAAGCAUUCAAACUGGACACUCUUUUAAAACUGUCAGAUGUGAAAGGAAAAGACGGCAAGACUACGCUCUUGCACUUUGUAGUCCUGGAGAUAAUUCGCACGGAGGGUAUGAGAGCUGCCCGGAACGGUACAGGAAGCCACAGCUUCUCAAGCUCCUCAUCAAAGGAACUGCUGGACAGAGUUCUUAGUGACACAGAAGAGCAUUACCGUGUUUUGGGUCUUCAAGUCGUCUCGUGCUUGAGCGGUGAACUUCAGAAUGUGAAGAAAGCAGCAACCAUAGACGCUGAUGCCUUGACAGGAACUGUUUCCAAACUUGGGCAUGCACUGUUGAGGACCAGAGACUUCCUGAACAAAGACAUGCAGGGUCUAGGUGAAGAAAGCAAGUUUCACGAAACACUGAAAGGCUUUGUGCAGUCUGCUGAGGUUGGUAUCAUGGCCCUCCUGGAAGAAGAAAAAAGAAUCAUGGAACUGGUGAAAAGCACGGGCGAUUACUUCCAUGGAAAUGCGGGGAAGGACGAGGGCCUACGGUUGUUCGUUAUAGUACGGGAUUUCUUGAUAAUGUUAGAUAAGACGUGCCGAGAGGUAAAGUCAAGUUCAGAUGAUGAGAGUCCAUAGGUAAUCAGUUGAAAAGGGUGCCCAAUUCUUACCUUCUGAAUUGUUAGGCUCCAUUUUGGUCAUAGGCAAGUCCUUUAGCAGUAUGAAGAAGCUCCAUGAAUUACCACAAUGUGCCCAGAAUGCACUUAGACUUUGAUUUUGAUUCUCCUUUCAACUUUCAUCAUUCUUUUGUAAAGAAAAACUUAGUUUUGACAUCUUGGCAAUUGGAGCAUUCACCAACAUAGCUUGUAGAUGUAGAUUGUGUGUACAACCAAAAGUAUCAAUUAAAUGUCUCUCUUUUUAAAUAUCA